CUUAGGUACCGGAUCAGAUCUCUUGGGAGCUCCUAGGGUUCCUGGGUUUCUGUCGCACGGCGGAUGAGCUUACUGGCUAUGGCGCCGAUCGAUAUCAGGCAAGUCCAGGCAGGGAUUUCGAUGCGCUGCGGGUUCGCGAUGGCCGCAUUGAGCUAAGAUCACAGCCUGUGUGAUCGAGGUGAAAAUUCUCUGGGGCGUGGAGAAUCCAGGCGCUCGUCAUUGCAUGGGAGAAUGUCGCUUUUCCGCCGAUUUUUCUACAGGAGGCCCCCCGAUGGGCUCCUGGAGAUAUCCGAGAGGGUUUUCGUCUUUGACUCGUGCUUCUCCACGGACGUCUUCGAGGAGGAGACUUACAAGCUCUACUUGCGCCAGAUCGCGAUGCAAAUCCACGAGCAGUUCCCCGAUUCGUCCUUCCUCGUCUUUAACUUCCGGGAGGGCGAGAGGAAGAGCCAGCUGACAGAGAUGUUAUCGCAAUACGAUAUGACGGUGAUGGACUAUCCACGCCAGUAUGAGGGCUGCCCGAUUCUUCCCAUGGAGAUGAUCCAUCACUUCCUGCGAUCCAGCGAUAGUUGGCUUUCGCUCGAGGGGCAGCAAAACAUCGUCCUGAUGCACUGCGAGAGGGGGGGAUGGCCGCUGCUAGCGUUCAUUCUCGCCAGCUUUCUCAUCUACAGGAAGAUGUACACGGGCGAAUUCAAGACGCUUGAUAUGCUCCACCGGGAGGCUCCCAAGGGAUUGAUGCAGCUGCUCACUCCGCUUAAUCCUAUGCCAUCGCAGCUGAGAUAUCUCCAGUACGUUGCGAGAAGGAACAACUCUCCGGAGUGGCCACCCCCGGAUCGCUCGCUCAGCCUCGACUGCCUCAUUCUCAGAGUGGUGCCAGCUUUCGAUGCCGAGGAUGGAUGCCGGCCCCUCGUCCGGAUUUAUGGAAGAGAUCCCCGAUCGAAAGCAGGGAACAGGACGACGAGGAUGCUCUUUGCCUUGGGAAAGAAGAGCAAGUCUGUCCGGCAUUAUCGACCGACAGAUUGUGAUGUGAUGAAGAUCGAUGUACAGUGUGCCGUGCAAGGCGACGUGGUUCUCGAGUGCAUCCACUUGGACUUGGAGUCGGACCGGGAGGAGAUGAUGUUCCGGGUCAUGUUUAACACCGCGUUCAUCCGCUCCAACAUCCUGAUGCUCAACCGGGACGACAUUGACAUACUCUGGAACGGGAAGGAGCGCUUCUCCAAGGACUUCCGAGCAGAGGUGCUUUUUGGCGAGACGGAUGGAUUUUCGUCCCCUGUGGCGCCUGUGCCGUCGCUGAUGGAAGACAAAGGUGGCUUGCCGAUGGAAGCUUUUGCCAAGGUCCAGGAGCUCUUCAGUAGCGGGGACUGGUUAGACGGUGGCGGAGACGCGGCAUUGAAGUUCCUCCAGCAGCUGACCACGGUUGGCAAUGGGUUUGAGGACAGGAGACUUCCAAUGGAUCGAGCAGCACUAGCGGCAGCGGACGACGAGUGGACACUUAUUUCCAGCAGCACCACCUCCUCCACCACACCCCUAACCGACGAUCAAAACGGGACAAGUCCAACGUCAUCGUCUAACCCUAGCUUCGCACCAGGUACUCCUUCGCCACCUCCGCCUCCGCCUCCUCCACCACCUCCGAGGUUGGCUAUUUCGCGGUCUCCACCUCCUGCUCCACCACCACCACCACCACCACCAGUAGUUUCUGUUGCCGGUCGUCCCCCUCCUCCGCCUCCUCCACCACCUCCGUUCAAGCUCCCAAGUUCUACUGCAAAGCCGCCACCGCCACCUCCGCCUCCUCCGCCGCUGCCUCGAGGGAAUUCAACUGCCCCGCCGCCGCCGCCUCCGCCACCGUUGCCUCGAGGGAAUUCAGCUGCACCACCUCCUCCGCCUCCGCCUCCUCCGUUGCCUCGAGGAACUUCAGCUGCACCACCACCACCACCACCACCACCACCACCACCUCCUCCACCGCCACGUGGCAAUACCGCUGCGCCACCUCCACCGCCACCACCUCCUCUUCCACAAGCUGCGCGGCCUCUAGCUUCAUCAAGCUCACCACUGCCGCCGCCACCGCCGCCGCUGCCUCCACCGGGAAUGCGAGGCACUCCUCCGCCUCCACCUCCGCCUUUGAAAGGACCGCCUCCACCUCCGCCGCCUCCUCCCGGAUCAGCAGCUCCGCCGCCACCGCCACCUCCUCUCGGUGUGAAGUCACCAUUGCCACCUCCUCCGCCACCUGCAUUGGGGAGAGGACGAGGUAGUAGUCCUUUGACACCUUCGCCUCCUGGUGGUCGAGGCCGAGGACAGGUUGCUGGUGCUUCGGGUCUGGCAUCUGCUACGCCGAAGAAGACCUCUCUGAAGCCAUACCACUGGGUAAAGGUUACACGGGCUAUGCAGGGCAGUCUAUGGGCGGAGAGUCAGAAGCAGGAAGAGCAGUCAAGGCAACCUGAAUUUGACAUGAACGAGCUAGAGAGCCUCUUCUCGGCCGCUGUUCCGAAUGCUGCUGCGGGUGGUGACAGAGCGGGUGGUCGUCGUGCAUCUCUAGUUCCCAAGCAAGAAAAAGUGCUCCUGAUUGAACAUAGACGAGCGUACAAUUGCGAGAUAAUGCUGACAAAAGUGAAGAUGCCACUGCCAGAAGUUGUUAAAGCAAUACUAGCGUUGGAUGGGACAGUACUGGAUGUAGAUCAGGUUGAUAAUCUGAUCAAGUUUUGUCCAACAAAGGAGGAGAUGGAAACGCUCAAGAACUACACGGGCGAUAAAGAAUGCCUGGGCAAAUGUGAGCAGUAUUUUCUGGAGAUGAUGAAAGUUCCUCGGGUAGAGUCCAAAUUGAGGGUUUUUUCUUUUAAACUUCAGUUCACGUCGCAGGUGUCAGAUUUACGAGAAAAUCUGGUAGUAGUCAAUGAAGCUUCAGCAGAGGUGAAAGAGUCUCCUAAGCUUAAAAGAGUGAUGCAAACGGUUCUGUCCCUGGGAAAUGCGUUAAACCAAGGAACUGCUAGAGGGGCGGCGAUUGGAUUCAGACUCGAUAGUCUACUUAAGCUGACAGAAACUCGAGCUCGUAAUUCUAGAACUACGUUAUUACAUUAUCUGUGUAAAAUUGUAUCCGAGAAAAUGCCCGAAAUACUUGAUUUCGACAAGGAAUUGCCUCACCUUGAGGCAGCCACCAAGAUUCAAUUGAAAGCUCUUGCAGAAGAAAUGCAAGCCGUAAGCAAAGGCCUGGAAAAGGUUGAGCAGGAAUUGACAGCGUCUGAAAACGAUGGAGCCGUCUCUGAUGGGUUUCGGAAGAGCUUGAAGAGUUUCCUUGAUACAGCGGAGGCGGAGGUGAGAACACUGGCGUCUUUGUACUCUGAAGUGGGCCACAAUGCCGAUUCCUUGGCGCGCUACUUCAAUGAAGAUCCCGCUCGCUGUCCAUUUGAGCAAGCGGUGUCGAUCAUUUUUAAUUUCAUCGUGAUGUUCAAGCGUGCAUUGGAAGAGAACAGCAAGCUAGCAGAGAUGGAAAGGAAGAAGGCUGAGAAGGAGGCCGACAAAGACAAGGUUCUCCCGCUGAGAAGAGAGCUGGAUGGGCUACUGUCGCCCCGGCGAAGCAGGAUAGCGUGACCAUUUAAGUCGGAGAUUUUGAAAGGGGGUCUUUGUUUGUACAUUCUUCCGGAUAGAUUAUUGACAUGAAGAAGAUUUUUGAAGAAAAGAAAUUCAAUGAUACGUUUCCAAGGCUGUUUUACUAGCAUGCCCAGAACGUUAGGGUUUUCACGCAGAAGGGUUUAGAGCAUGGCAGAAGAAGAAGCACGAUACAGGGUAAGCUCCUUUGCUGCGCGUGCAGUUUUACAAGUGCUCUGAGAGCCUCAAAGAGGCAAUAUGCUAUGGAAUGAUGGAGAUGGGCCUUUGUUGAAUGCCAAGAAUUUCCUUGGUAGACUAUUUAUGCGGCCGCUCAUCAGCAGCAACAUGAAGGUGGACACCUUCACUGAUUGGGGAGUCAGACGGGAGUUAUUCCCAUCCAAGCUUUAUGUAUGGCACAACAUCCACGAGCUAGUCGAUCGUUUUGUUGCAAGAGAGAUCAAUGAUACGGAAGAGGUCUUUUUUGUGCCCAAUCGGGAUCGACAAGUUCAUCCUGUGGAUUCUCCAGGUGCGAUGGCAAGAAUCCUCAGCUCCCAACUCUUCCAGCGGCUGCCGGGGGCAAUCCGUCGAGUAGGCUUGGUUCCCGAGGUUAAUGUACUGUUGACAGGAAGUGAUCGCAGCGUGAAACCUUGAGGUUGUCUCGUGCGAGUAAUUCAUUUGGAGCUUGAGGGGCUGUGCGUGCGAGACAUUGCUACAAAUCUGGAACAUGGCUCUUCUUUUAGAGAAGCUGUGGAGAGGUUUAUUGUUACUGUGAGCAGUGGAAGACAGAUUAUGCAGUGAUUAUUGGUGCACGCCAUCUGUGGUUUUGUGUCAGGCGUGGCUACAAUGGCUUUGCUAUAGCUGAACCGAUGAAGAUCUCUGAGGUGCCAAUGAAGCACUUCUGGUACAUUAUCUUCUCUAGUGUGGUCAAUGCCACUGAGUUGCCUCGGCAAGACGAUCAGGACAAUUGCGAGGAGCUCACAAUGGUGCCUCCCCCUCAUCAUGUGAUGCUGCCAAAGGAUUUCAACAAGUUUGUCAAGCGCAACAUGAAGCACUUGGCAAGCGAGUUGGCAUACAUCUCCAUGGCCAAAGUGCACAAGAAGUUGAAGUGUUGGAGGUUUGGGGAGUUUUAUAGGGACUUUCGGCAGGGAAUGGUGCUGUCACCAAAUGUGGCAAGGGCUGUGUACAGAGGAUCUGAGAAGGUGGUGGUGAAAAUAGUGGACAUCUCUCAACCAGGUUCAAAACUAGGUGCUGCUAUGUUGUUUGUUCGGGAGAUCCUCAUGUAUUCCAGGCUCAAAUCCAUGCAGGGUCGUGGAGUUCCCAAGCUCUUAGAGUAUGGCGUCCUCAAUAGGGAUAUGUUCUCAGUGAUUGUCAUGUCUGACGAAGGUGAUAACACUCUUCCUUCCCAAACAUAUCCCCAUCUCAAAGAGCCUGCCACAAGGGUGUUGCGAGAGAUCUACCAGUGCGGUGCUUAUCAUGGAACUUUUGAGGCAUCAGAUGUUGUGAUCUCUGUGGACGGUGAUCUGCCACCCAAAGUUAGCAUCGUGGGCUUCUCCUUGGGCGGCAUUGUCUCAAUUGAGCAUAAUCCUUGGAAGGAUGAGUUGAGUUGUGUCAUGUCAACUAUCGGGAUCACAGAGGAUUCAUCAUCGGAAGAAGAUGGCGCUGAGGAUGUGGAGGAAGGCCAGAGUGAAGAUUACUAUUCUAGCGUGGAAAGCCCCUAUAGGUAGUUCUUGCUAGAUUUCAUUGAGUUGAAUUCACUAGUUUUUCUUGGUAG